AUGAACCGACCUGUUGUGGCUACCCGAUCCGCUCGAAUCACUCCUUCCGCCGUUACGAGUACUCGGACCCCAAUCUCAAACGAGGGUCAAUGGACUCGCAGCAAGUCGCGCUCGCCUUCUCGACAUGGCGCUGGUACUCGUUUGGACCCAUUCAAUGUAGAUGCGUCUUCAAACACGGGACAACCCUCAGUCAAACGAAAGCGGUCCCUUAACUCUGUUGGGAACAGUAAUUCACCUGUCAUCAUGGACGACGUUGACCGUGGGCAACGAAUCAAGUCCAAACCACUCCUGCAUCGCACAAUGCCUCCUUCUGCCUCCUCUUCGCGACCUCGUAAAGACAGAGAGACCUCUGCCAGACCACGGAGUCAUCUCGAUAGCUCACAUCACACCCAGCAACUUCCCACCGUCAACCCGACAAUACGCCAGGUCGACACCAACACAACCAAAGAGCGUCAGGACGUGGCCACUGCUAUAGAAUUCGAGCGCAUGCGCAAAGAGCUAGAAACGCUCAAGAAAGAGAGUAAAAAACAAGCGAAAAAGCAGAAUAAGACUAUCGAGGACCUUAAGGCACAGCUAGCUGCGGAGAAACUCAGCCGAGAACAACAAGAAAGGGCUCUCACUGUUGUUUCGACCAAACUUUCCAAAAACGAGCAACUCGUUCAAACGAUAGAGUCUUCCCUACAAUGUCAAAUCUGUAUUGAACUACUCUCACGGCCUCAUCUCCUCGUGCCAUGUGGCCAUAUCUUCUGCUCUGGCUGUCUGGAGCAAUGGUUCCGUGCCGCACCAGCAGGAGAAGACGAGGACGAUGACAUGGGUGAUGAUUUUUUGCUUCAUCGCGAAAAGAAAUGCCCUACAUGUCGUGCAAGGGUGGUAAGACGGCCAGUUCCUACUUUUAUUGUCAAGGAUGUCGUCAACACACUGCGGCCAACCCCUCCUUCCGCUGGUACUGAAAACGAUCCAUGGAAGGGAUUAUUCUUGGAAGACUAUGAUUCAGACGGCAGUAACGACGAUGAAGACAUGGAAGAUUAUGAUGGGUAUUCUGAUGGCGGAUCAGAAGAUGCCCACGCUGCCGUGUUCGGCCACUGGCCCAGAGAUGAGCUCGCUGCGUUGAUGUUUGGCGCCAAUCCGCUGGCUGGAUACUACGGCUCGAACAGCGGCAGCGAUGAUGGCAUGGGUCACGGCUCUGAAGACGACGAGUCUGGCUCGGGCUCCGAAAACGAGGAUGAUGACGAAGUUUACUCAGACGCUGAAGAAGAAUUGUUUGCGGCCCCUGUCGACCGUACCAUCUGGCCCCAACACAAUGUCCAAGACGCUUUGCAUAUCGGAGCAAUCAACAACAACCCAUGGUAUCCACCACUCGCUUUCCAAGAGGAAGAACUAGAAGAGAUCCAGCCCCGGCGGAGGAGGCGUAACGGUUGGAACUGA